UUAGUUUCGUAUAUAAAAUCUGCAUCACGUAAUUUAUCAUCAGACGACCAUGGCGAGGGGUGUGUUGCAGUGGUUUUCUGUUCUCCUAAUCGGUGCGGCACUUGCACAGCCGGUCCCAGAUCCUCAAUAUCCAUGUGAUCCCUGCGCGGACCCAUGCGACCCAUGCCCAGAACCAGAACCAGACCCAUGCGAUCCUUGCCCGCCACCAUGCCCGGAACCUUGCGACCCGUGCCCACACCCAUGCGAGCCAUGCCAGGAACAAGGUGUCGUGCAGAUCAAGCCGUGCAACCCUAAUGUGCCUGACGUGAAUUAUGUGUACGGUCGUGCACCGUAUGGCUCUGUGAUCGUGAAACCGGGGCAAAUACGUUUUCCCCGACCGGCACCGAUUGUGGUACGUCCAGGGACAGUGAGGCCACCAAACCCUCCCGUCAUAUUCGUCAAACCUGCCCCAGUGCAACCACCAACACCCGCACCGAUAUAUGUCAAGCCAGCACUAGUGCAUCCACCGACACCCGCACCCAUUACUGUGAGACCUGCUCCUGUGGUCCCCCCAAGGCCAAGGCCCAUUCUAGUAAGGCCCCAACCUGUUGUGCCUCCUAGGAUACCACCGAUCAGAGUACAACCACAAAAGGUCUGCCCGCCAACACCACCAGCUCUCGUAGUCCAACCACCAAGACUAAUCGUCCCACAACCCCCCAUCAUCUGUUUCAAGCCAAACCCAACAAUUCCAGUGCGAACAUGUGGUUGUGCACGCGUAAGCCUUUACAACCCGUGCCCCCCACCACCGCCACCAUGUGAACCACCACUCCCACCAUGCCCCUGCCCCUGCCUUUUGUAGAUAUGCCAAAUCAAAGCAUUCACUACUGAAUAUUAGUUCCAAUUGACCAUGAAUCUUCCACCUUCUACAGUACGCAGUUCUAGAAAUUUCCUAAUCUAAUAAAGCAAGAUCUAAAACUAACUAGAAUAGAUAGAUUAUUUCUACUCUACUACUGUAAGGAAAGUUGUGUGUAAAGGUAACAUGUGAACACAGCGUAUUCUUAUGUAUGUGUCAAGGGGAACUGAUAUUCAGUAUUUGUUUAUAUUAUAUAUUAUAGUAUUUAUGAAGCUAUGUUUGUAAAUGUAUGAUGAUUGAAAUAAAUAACGGGUAUUUUUGCAAGAA